CCCGAAGUAUCUUUUAUCAUCGAGAGGUGCGAUGCUCACGACUCCCCCUCCAACCGUUGUUGGCUCUUGAUUGACCCCGGAUUCCUUCCUUUCCCCUCUCUCCGAUCCUCUUCUCUUCCGUCAUCCCAUUCCUCUUCGGGGUGGCGUCCUUCCGUUAAUCCAAAGUCGCCGCAUCCCAACCCCCGUGGUCUGGCCCGCACCACGAUCCGGUGGGUUGCGGUAUUCUUGCAAUGAGCUUGACCUCGCGUGUCCUGGGCCUGUUUACGACGACAGAGACACCUUCUUCCGAUUCCCCUGCGGCACCCGCUCCGCUAUCCACCGUGGCGACCAGCAACCAUGUCUACCACGCCGCCGGUCCGAUAAGCGCAACCAGCGACCAUGCGCAGAACUCGGCGUCCCUUGUGGACGAGGAGGAGCCUCGUCCUCCGUAUCUACACGCAAUGCUUGCUGGAGGUACCGGUGGUACUUGCGGUGACAUGCUCAUGCAUUCGUUAGAUACGGUCAAGACCCGACAGCAAGGCGAUCCGCAUUUUCCUCCCAAAUAUACCUCCAUGACCUCGUCUUAUGCGACCAUCUACCGACAGGAGGGAUUGUUCCGUGGUCUGUAUGGCGGAGUGACUCCAGCGCUGUUCGGUUCCUUCCCGGGAACCGUCAUCUUCUUCGGUGUCUAUGAAUUCACCAAGCGCAAAAUGCUGGAUGCGGGUAUUAACGCCAACGUGGCGUAUCUGUCCGGAGGUUUCUUCGCCGACUUGGCUGCCUCCGUUGUAUACGUCCCUUCCGAGGUCCUGAAGACGCGACUGCAGCUUCAGGGACGCUACAACAACCCUCAUUUCAACUCGGGAUAUAACUACCGCUCGACCACGGAUGCGCUACGCACGAUCGUCCGGCAGGAGGGAUUCCGCGCACUCUUCUACGGAUACCGGGCUACCAUCUACCGUGACCUUCCCUUCUCGGCGCUGCAGUUCGCCUUCUACGAACAAGAACAUCGGCUGGCGAAGGAGUGGGUGGGAUCUCGGGACAUCGGACUGGGCCUGGAGAUCUUGACUGCGGUUACGGCUGGUGGAAUGGCCGGUGUCAUCACUUGCCCGAUGGACGUUGUCAAGACCCGCAUCCAGACCCAACAGAACCCGGAGAGCCCGGCCUCGACGCAUGCACCCAAGUCAACUGGCGAGCCCGCGUCGACGAAAGAGAGCCCUCGGCAGCAUACGUCGUCGCAUACGACGUCCAACCUGCGCACACAUUCGCGGCCCAUCUCCACGUCCGGUGCUUCGACAUCAGUUGCGCCACCGGGCGCUCCCCGUCUGGACACCUCAUCGUUCAUCACUGGCCUGAGGAUGAUCUACCAGACCGAGGGUAUCGCCGGGUGGUUCCGUGGCGUCGGCCCCCGUGGCGUGUGGACUAGUAUCCAGAGCGGAACGAUGCUGGUCAUGUACCAGUACCUCCUGAAGAAACUCGAAGCCUACCAAGGGGCAGAAAACCUGAGUCCUCUGUGAGCCAGCCUCUGCGAUUGCAAUCCCGACCAUAUGGCAUCCGAAGGGAUGUCAGGGACAUAGACAUUUGUCCGUUGUAGAUAAAAAGAAACCGCACCACAACCGGAGUAUGAGCAUUAUAGACGGCUAUGUUGGAAGGGGGCAACCCGAGGGGUGUGUGGCAUGAUUUUCCUUUUCUUUUCCUUUUUCCUCGUGUGUUGUUUCUAAUUAUUGGAUUCCCAUUCCCCUCCUAACCUUUCGGCGUGUUGAUAACAAUUGCAUGAUCGGGUUGCCAUGUUGUGUAUACGAAGUGGUUUAAAUUAUUAUCAUGUACGGUUAUAUUGAUAGACUUAGAAGGCUACAUAAUGC